AUGGGUGGUUGUGUUGCAAUUCCUCUUCCCUGCAAGAACACAACUUUGAAGGGGGAAGAUGAGACGAUCCAGCCGGCGAAGAUGGCAGGUCGUGUUCCAGGCGUUACAGUGUCCAUCGAGGCCGUCCAGAUGGAGAUUGCACAGAAAGGUGGCAGUCCGAGUCCACUCUUGGAGGCAGUCAUGGCGGGUCGCAGUAUGGAUACGGAGUGGGCCAGGGCAAUUGCCAAGAACAUUGCGAAGCCAGACUACACCCUCGGGCAGUAUUUCCAGGACCUGAUGGCCACUUUUCCGGAGCUUCAUCUGUUUGGCCUUGAAGGUAUGUCGGCAGACACCAUGGAGUUCAAGCGGGACUUCCUCUACGGUGGCAGAGUGGCAGGUGAUGAGUUCCAGCGCACGAUCGGAGCAUUCUUUGCAAUCUAUUGGUUGGUGCGCCAGAGCGUUGAUGGAAAGAACGGAUUUUGCCACGGAGUGGAUGACACAUGGCGGCCAUUGGCGUCUCGCGAAGGUGAGAGCGACAAGUGCCGUGCGUUCUAUGGCGACAACACGAUAUGGAAGCACUUCCAGGAUCUGAUGAUCGAUGCAGGCAUUCUCGUUCAAGGCAGUGGCUCGAAGCUCGAGGUGGACUGUGAGACAACUCUCGCACUUCUGGUCCUCACCGCAUUGCAUGAUGUCAUGAAGGUCAGCCUUUUGCUUCCGGUCGUUCAACCGCCUGAUGCUCCGUACCGUGGCUAUCUCAAGUCGGAGGUUGUCGGAGACCAUGACAUGGCAAUUUUCUAUUUGAUCGAGCGCUACCCGGAGCUUCUGCCGUCCUUGAGCAGCUUGAAGCCAGACCUUCAGUCAUCGGUGCGAAUGGUGCUGAGUGGUCUGGCCUUCAAUAACGGAUGGUUUGUGCAAGCAGAGGCCCCGCCCGGAGCAGUUCUUCGUGGGAUCAAGGCUGCAAUCACGUCGCAGAACAAGUCGGAUCGAAAGCUAACCAAGCGCGACUUGAGUCUGUAUUUUGUCCAUUGGUUGACGGACUUGGCGGGAGCCGAGCCUUCCCCGUUGUUGGGAUGCCUCAAGCUCACCAGUCAGCUCCCGCUUCCAGUUCUCAAGAGCUUCAUGGAAUCCGUGAAGUACAUCCAGCAACUGGCGGAUCGGACCGAGACGGAGGUGAUGGAGAGCUACCUCAAGGAUCGAUGGAGAAAUGCCCAGCCGCCAAUGGGGCCCUUGCCCAGCGGCCCCGAGGCUCUCGCGAAGACUCGGCUGCUUUGCAUCUUUGGCAUGCGAAG